AUGCGUUUAUUUUCUCAACGACAUCUAUCAUCUUCAUUAUCAAUUGAUUAUCAUUCAUAUAAUAAACACACGAUACGUCCUAUUAUACCUGUGGCUAUCAUUAGAAAUAUUACGAAAACGAGUAUGACAACUACUAUUGAUUUUCCUAAAGCACGUUGUCCUGUCAAUAAACGUCAAUUUACAAGUCCAGCUGUUGAAUCACUAAUUGAAGAAAUACAGAAAAAUAUCAAAAAUAAAGAACUUGCAUGGUUAUUUGAAAAUUGUUUUCCCAAUACACUUGAUACAACUGUCGACUUUGAUGAAAAAGCAGCAUCUGAAAAAAAGCCUGAUACUUAUGUUAUUACAGGUGAUAUUGAUGCUAUGUGGUUGCGUGAUUCAAGUGCUCAAAUAAAUCUUUACUUACCGUUAAUGAAUCAAGAUAAAAAGCUUCGUCAAUUGAUUGAAGGUGUUCUCUUAAGACAAUGUAUAUUUAUUCAACGUGAUCCAUAUGCGAAUGCACAUUAUAAAGAUACAAAUCGUAUUAGUGAAUGGAAACAUAUGGAUAAAACAGAAAUGCGUGCGGGUGUACAUGAACGAAAAUGGGAAUUAGAUUCUCUUUGUUAUGUUUUACGAUUGAUGCAUUCAUAUUGGAAAGAAGUUAAUUAUGAUUUAUCUUUUUUUCGUGAAAAUGAACAAGACUUUAAGAAAACUAUUCGAAUUAUUUUACAAACAAUGAAAGAACAACAAAGAUUUAAUGAAUCAGGUCCAUACUCAUAUCAACGGCAAGGUCAUCCUUCAGACCCAAGUGGACAAAAAGCUAAACCUAUUGGUUUAAUUCAUACCUUUUUUCGACCAAGUGAUGAUCUGCAAACAUUUCCUUAUCUUAUACCAUCGCAAUUUUUUGCUCAUCAUACAUUAAAACUUUUAUUAGAAUUUGUAAAAAAAUUAGAAUGGACAAAUGAUUUUAAUGAUGAUAUAUUAAAAUUGAUUUCUAAUUUACAUGAUAUUUUAUUUGAUGAUAAAAUAGUAAAUAAUCAAGAAACACUAAUUACAUUUAAACAUCCGAAAUAUGGUUUAAUUUAUUCAUAUGAGAUAGAUGGAUUUGAUAAUAGAAAUUUAAUGGAUGAUUCAAAUAUUCCAUCACUUCUUUCAUUACCUUAUUUAUGUCCUGAUGAUAUUUCAAGUAAACAUCCAAUUUAUCAAAAUACGCGAAAAUUUGUACUUAGCUCAGAUAAUCCAUGGUUUUUCAAAGGAAAUUUGCUUGAAGGUAAUUAUUCUCAUUUAUCUGUGAUGAUUUGUUCAAUAUAUUUUUUUUCUCAAAAAGGUGUUGGUGGACCACAUUGUGGAAAAUCGAUGGUAUGGCCACUUGCAAUUAUUAUGCGUGGUUUAACAACAACUGAUGAUGAUGAAAUUCGAUUUUGUUUAGAGAUGUUACAAAAAUCUCAUGGCAAUACAGGGUUUAUGCAUGAAUCAAUAAAUGUCAACAAUCCAAUGCAUUAUACUCGUUCUUGGUUUGCUUGGGCAAAUAGUUUAUUUGGUGAAUUUAUUUGGAAAUUAUAUCGAGAAAAACCUUAUCUACUAAAUUAA